UGCGUACGUUGGUGAUGCAGGAGCUUGCCGUGGAAUAAUUCCAGGAAUUGCCAAAAGCAGGAUGGACAGUCGCGUCUGCUAGGGAGCAUCGCACAAGGUCGAUCCAUUCCGGUGCUCUUCCAAGCAGCAGGUUGGCCCGAAGGCGAAGGGCUUGAUCCAGAUCCUGCACAAUGGCAUCUUUGCGCUCGAACGCGCUGCGGCUGGGGCGGGCGUUGGUUGCUGCGGGGAACAGGGCCAAGAAUGUUCAUGGUGCUGCAGCCCUGGGGGAGAGUGAGGCGGCAGCCGGCCAGCACAGGGGAGCUUUGAAGGGUUUGCUGUCUGAGUCCGGGCCCUGUGGUUUGUGUCGCCGCUCCGUCCCUUCUGCGUUGCAGUAUGGCUCCCUGGGCAGCAGCCUGCUGGCAGCUCGGAGCAUCUCAGUGGAGGCGCUGCGCAAGAGCGACACAUUUGCCCGUCGCCACAAUAGCAUCAGCGAGGAGGAGGGCCAGCAGAUGGCGCAAUUUGUGGGGUUCAGCAGCGUGGAUGCCUUGAUUGAGGCGACAGUGCCACAGGCAAUCAAGCGCGAGCCAAUGGAUCUUGGGGAGUACAAUGAGGGUUACCCUGAGAGCGCUAUGCUGGCCAAAUUCAAGGCUAUGGCAGCCAAGAACGUGGUGGCCAAGUCGUACAUUGGCAUGGGGUACUACAACACAUAUGUGCCGCCCGUGAUCCUGCGCAACAUCCUGGAGAGCCCCGGCUGGUACACGCAGUACACGCCGUACCAGGCAGAGAUUGCGCAGGGCCGCCUGGAGAGCCUGCUCAACUUCCAGACGAUGAUCUCCGACCUCACCGCCAUGCCCAUGUCCAACGCAUCCCUCCUGGAUGAGGGCACCGCCGCCGCAGAGGCGCUGGCCAUGUGUGUCAACAUCACCCGUGGCAAGAAGAAGAAGUUCCUCAUCAGCGACCGCUGCCACCCGCAGACCAUUGCGGUGUGCCAGACGCGCGCGGAGGGCCUGGGGAUCGAGGUCGUGGUGAGCGACCAUGCGGCGUUUGACUACAGCGGCAAGGACGUGGCGGGCGUGCUCGUGCAGUACCCAGCCACGGAUGGGCGCAUCAUUGACUACAGCGACGUGGUGCAGGCGGCGCAGGGCGCAGGGGCCAAGGUUGUGGUGUCCACAGAUCUGCUGGCGCUCACCGUUCUGAGGCCCCCCGGGGAAUGGGGCGCCGACAUUGUGGUGGGCAGCGCGCAGCGUUUUGGUGUGCCCAUGGGCUAUGGCGGGCCGCACGCCGCGUUCCUGGCGACGAGCCAGGAGUACAAGCGGCUGAUGCCGGGGCGCAUCAUCGGCGUGAGCGUGGACGCGCAGGGCAAACCGGCGCUACGCAUGGCCAUGCAGACGCGCGAGCAGCACAUCCGCCGCGACAAGGCCACCAGCAACAUCUGCACCGCGCAGGCCCUGUUGGCCAACAUGGCGGCCAUGUACGCUGUGUACCACGGCCCCAAGGGCCUCAAGGACAUUGCCACCAGGGCCCACGGCCUGGCCGCAGUGUUUGCUGCCGGCGUGCAGCGCCUGGACGUGGGCACUGUGGCGCAGGAGCCCUUCUUUGACACUGUGCGCAUUACUUUCCCCAAUGGUCAGGCACAGGCCCUGGUGGCGGCUGCACAGGAGCGCAAGGUCAACCUGCGCGUCCUGGAGACUGACCCCAACACGUUGACAGUGUCCUUUGACGAGACCAAGAACUUGGCGGAUGUCGACGAGCUCUUCUCCAUCUUCGCCUCCGGCCAGAAGGUCCCGUUUACAGCUGAGUCCCUGGCCCCCGAGGUGGACUCUCAGAUUCCCUCCGGCCUGGCGCGCGGCAGCCCCUUCCUUUCCCACCCUGUCUUCAACAUGUACCACACGGAGCACGAGCUGCUGCGGUACAUCUACCGGCUGCAGGCCAAGGACCUGUCCCUGGUGCACAGCAUGAUCCCGCUCGGCAGCUGCACCAUGAAGCUCAACGCCACCUCCGAGAUGAUCCCCAUCACCUGGCCCGAGCUCGCCAACAUCCACCCCUUCGCCCCCACCAACCAGACACAGGGCUACCAGGAGAUGUUUGCGGACCUGGGGGCAAUGCUUGCGGAGAUCACCGGCUUUGACAGCGUGUCGCUACAGCCCAACGCGGGCGCGGCGGGCGAGUAUGCGGGGCUCAUGACCAUCCGUGCAUACCAUCGCGCUCGCGGCGACGUGCACCGGAACGUGUGCAUCAUCCCUGCAUCCGCUCACGGCACCAACCCCGCGAGUGCAGCCAUGUGCGGCAUGCGCAUCGUGCCUGUGGCCAGUGACGACAACGGCAACAUCGAUGUGGCCGAGCUCAAGGCCAAGGCCGAGAAGCACAAGCACGAGCUGGCGGCGCUCAUGAUCACGUACCCUUCCACUCACGGCGUGUACGAGGAGGGCGUUGACGAGAUUUGCCGCAUCAUCCACGAGAACGGCGGCCAGGUCUACAUGGACGGGGCCAACAUGAACGCACAGGUGGGCCUGACCAGCCCCGGCCACAUUGGCGCGGACGUGUGCCACUUGAACCUGCACAAGACGUUCUGCAUUCCUCACGGCGGCGGCGGCCCUGGCAUGGGCCCCAUCGGCGUCAAGGCGCACCUGGCGCCCUUCCUGCCGUCCCACCCCGUGAUUGCCACCGGCGGCGUGCCCCCCCCCAAGGAUGCGCUGCAGCCGUUUGGCGUGGUGGCGGCUGCGCCGUGGGGCAGCGCGGCGAUCCUGCCCAUCAGCUACAUGUACAUCGCCAUGAUGGGCGCGCAGGGCCUCACCGACGCCUCCAAGCUCGCCAUCCUCAACGCCAACUACAUGGCCAAGCGCCUCGAGAGCCACUACCCCGUUCUGUUCCGUGGAGCCAAUGGGACCUGCGCCCACGAGUUCAUCAUCGACCUGCGCGCCUUCAAGAACACGGCGGGCAUUGAGGCGGAGGACGUGGCGAAGCGGCUGAUGGACUACGGGUACCAUGCGCCCACCAUGUCAUGGCCCGUCCCUGGCACCCUCAUGAUCGAGCCCACUGAGUCCGAGUCCAAGAGCGAGCUCGACCGUUUCUGCAACGCGAUGAUCGCCAUCCGGGAGGAGAUCCGGGAGAUCGAGACCGGCGUGGCCAGCCCCCGCGACAACGUUCUCAAGGGUGCCCCCCACACGGCGGCAGUUGUCCUGGGCGACGACUGGAAGAAGCCGUACUCGCGCGAGGCCGCAGCCUUCCCGGCAGCCUGGGUCCGCCAGGCCAAGUUCUGGCCUACUACAGGGCGUGUUGACAACGUGUUUGGCGACCGGCACUUGAUCACGACGGCCCCCAACGUGGAGCACGCGGCGCUCGAAGAGCGGGUGGCAUAAGCCAACGGCGCACCACGCGCUGCUCACCCAUGCAGGCUGGGACUGGCCGCCAGCGAGAACUCGCGAAAGACUUUGGCCGGCGGAUGUACAUGAGUUGCCUUGCGGAUGCGAUACAUAAGCUCCUUGACUCUCAUUGAGCUGCCUUGACUGUCAUCAGGUGGAAAAAACUCUGGUAUAGUUUUGAUAAGCAUUGCUCUGAAGCUGAAAUUCAGCUCCAAACGCUUCGAAUCUUGAGCUUCUUUUUAUGACUUCCUUCAUCAAUCGUAGGCUAGACAAAGGGAUGUAGUUCAGACUCGUGGUAGAUAGGUGGAUCUUGGUUCCGUGCAAAUUGUUGC